AUGGGCGUCGUGAGGAUGAUCGCUCGCGGCGCGAACGCUCACGGGAGCGCGGGCGUUCGUUGGAGAGGUCACCGCGGAGGCUUGAGCGCUCGCCGCGGAGGCCAGCCUUCCGCGCAGAUCUGGUCCCUCUCGCACCAGAUCACCGAGGAGAAGGUGCAGAGCGAGAAGGAAGAGGCGGAUCCGAGUCCCAGCACCGUGACGUGGGGCGCGGCGACGGCGCGCGCUCUCCAGGCCAGCGACGGCAUCGCGAUGGGAGGCACGCUGGCGGCGCGCGCUCGCCAGAUCCGCGGCUGCAGCGUGACGAGAGGCGCGAAGGCGGCUAUCGCUCGCCUGAUCCGCGGCCGCCGCAUGACGAGAGGCGCGGAGGCGGUUACCGCUCGCCAGUUCCGCGGCAGCGCCGUGACGGAGAACGCGGAGGUAGUGCGCACUCGCCAGAUCCGCGGAGGUAUCACGGCAGGAGGAGCGAAGGGGACUCGCGCUCACCAGAUCCGCAUCACUAUCAUGAUGGGGGACGCGGAGAUGGGUAUCGCUCGCAUGACACGCAACGGUAUCAUGGAGGGAGGUGGGGAGGCGAGGCGCGCUCGACGGAUUGGCGUCAGCGACACGAGGAGAGCCGAGGAGACAGAUAUCGCUCGCCGCCGCGGCAGCGAAGCAGGGAUGGAAGGCAGGGCGGUGGGUCUCGCUCGCCUGGGCGAUACAGGCAGUGUGACGAAAGACAUGUCGGAGAAGGAGGACAGGAUCAACGCAGCAGCAGAGGGGGAGGCAGCGGGCUGA